AUGAAAAAUAUUAACAUACAAACUUCAUUUAUAUCAAAUAUUACUAAUAGUCAAAAUUUUACAAUAUCUACAAAAUCAUUAACAAAUGAAACUAAUAAAUAUAAUUUAACUUUUACAAAUUCAAUAUUAAUUUAUACGAAUAGAACAUUAGAAACAAAAGUUCAAUGUAUAGGUUCAUUAUAUAAUCAAUCUUGUUUGUUUCAAAAUCUAUAUUAUGUUGAUAAUACAUUUACAAUUCUAAUAGUAAAAGGAAGUUAUUUACCUGAAUAUUCUAUACGAACUAAUGCUUUUUAUAUGUGGCCUACAAAACCAAUUAAACGUGAAUUUGAUUCAUAUAAUCAUCUUCAGAUAUUUGUUCGAAAUAUUACUAAUCCAAGAAGAAUUCCGUAUGUUACUCUAUAUUUUGGUCAAUUAUGGCUUCAUAAUAUUGGUCAUGCACUUUUUGAUGGACUUUAUCCAGCUUAUGUUGCAUUAAUUCGAUUUUCACCUAGACAUCUUCAUCCAUUUCGUAUUCUUGCCGAUAUUGGUGAAUGUCAAGACUGUUGGAGUGAAGAUGUUUAUAGUCGUUUUGCUGGUCUUGGAAUUAUCAAACAAUUUGUUUUAAACAAACUUUCAAAAGGACGAUGGUUUGUAUUUGAUGAAGUUGUUAUGGGUAGUGGAACUUUUUGUCAACGUUGUACACAACCAAAUUACCAAUUAAGUGGUGGUAUUGAAUUUAAUGCUUCAAGACUUUUUCGUGAUCGAAUGUAUCAACAACAUGGUUUUAUUCAUCCAGUUAUUAGACAGAAAUCGUCAUUAGAGUAUCGAACAUCUCAUGAUAUUCUUCAGACAUAUUUUAUUGAUAAUAAACGUUUUACAAAAAAUGAUCGAAGAGAAAUUAAUGCUGCAAUUAUUGAAAUAAAUAAUUAUACUAAUUUUUAUAUAAAUAAGACUAAAAAUAAUACAAAUAAAUUAGAGUGGCCCUUAAUUAAUGUCACAUAUCUUUAUUAUAAACAAGUUAAGGCACAAAAUAUGAGUUCAAUUCAAAUCAAUGCAACACCAUUUGAUUCUCGACCACCAACAUAUGAACUAAUUGAGAAUGAUUUUAUUGCUCAACUAAAAGUUUUACGUGAAAUGGAUAUUCAUAUCACUGGACCAGGUACUGGUCAGAUGUAUCAAACAUUUUUGUCUGAUGGAUCAGUUUCAAUUAAUGUUGGAGGUUUAAGAUCAUGGAAAUUAAAUAAUAAAGAACUUAAAUUUACUUCAUAUCUUGAACAAUAUAUGACAAGUGGUACUCCGUAUAUUAAAGGUCUUUAUUAUCCAAUCAAUGAACGAGCCAAUGGUAUAAAAAAAGAUGAAGUUAUAAAAUUAAUUCGACAAGCUGGUCAACUUAUUUUACAAGGAUUUUCAUUACCAGUCGAACCUCGAGAGAAUUUAGCACCCGAUGGCCAAUUAUUUGUUGAAAUGUGUGAAAAAGAUAAAAAAUUUUGUUCUUUCGUGACUACAAGAUCACCUGAUAAACAAUUUAAAUGUUUAGAAAUAUGGGCAGAAGAUUUGGUACAAGAAUAUAAUCAGUGGAACGAUAAAGGUUUUAUUGUAAAUGGUAAAAAUAUUCGUUGUCCUUUUAAUCAUUCAUUAUUGAGAGACUUAAGAAAAAAAUAUGACAUCAAACACUAUCUAGAAAAUCGUUAA